AUGAGAUUGUUUAUUAAAAUGAAACUGUUUUUGGUGGCCGCGAUGUGCGCCGCGGCGGUCGCCAAACUCGAUGGCGGUGUCGCGGCCGAACCGUGUACCUGGUCGUCGUACAACAACGACACGGCCAAGACGUCCGUACAGUGCCGGGUCCGGGCGUUGGCCAUGGACAGCCCGAACUUCUCGUCCGUGCAGCCCGAGGGCACUGUCCGCCUGACGGUCGACUGCACCGACAAGCUGUUCUUGCAGAGCACGCUGGCGCCCCGCAUGUUCCGGCCGCUGCACCAGCUCGAGGAGCUGGUGUUGGUCCGGUGCAAGCUGUUGGACAUACCGGCGGACGCGUUCGACGGCCUGGGCGGGCUCAAGAAGCUCACCGUGCACACGUCCAACCUAGAAUGGGGAGCCACCAAGACCAUGGAACUGGCGCAGGGCAGCCUGGACCGGCUCACCGAGCUCCAGUCGCUCGACCUGUCCGAGUCGAACGUGCACACCGUGCCCGCCGACGCGUUCUGCGCCCUAAAAAACAUUCAGCAGCUGAAUGUGUCGCACAACGGUAUCGAAGACCUUACCACGCUCGGGUUCUCCGGGCCCGACUGUCCCGGCGGCACCGACCUCAAAGUGCUCAACCUGUCGUGGAACAACCUACAAUCGGUGCCCGCCCGCACCGCCAUAUCGGCCAUGAAGCGGCUGCAGACGCUCGGCCUGCAGCACAACAGCAUCACCGAGAUCGCCGCCGACAGCCUGUCCACGCUGGCGUCGCUCAAAGUGUUCAACGCGUCCUAUAACAAACUGGAGGCACUGCCGGAGUCGUUGUUCGCCAAAACCCGCGAACUGCGCGAGGUGCACCUGCAAAACAACGGACUGUACGAGCUGCCCCGCGGACUCUUCCACCGGCUCGAACAGAUGGUUAUUAUAAAUCUGAGCAACAACAAGAUCAAUCAGAUCGACGAGGGACCGUUUGUCGGCCUCCUCCGGUUGGUCGUCCUGGACCUGUCCCGCAACGGACUGACCAGGAUUAAGUCGAACGUCUUCAAGGACCUGGUGUUCUUGCAGAUUUUGGACUUGAGCAACAACAGCAUUAGCAGUAUCGAGGAAAACGCGUUUCUUCCGCUGUACAACUUGCACACGCUCAACUUGGCCGAAAACCGGCUGCACACGAUCGGAUCGCGGCUUUUUAACGGCUUGUACGUGCUGUCCAAACUCACCAUUAACAACAACUUGUUGAUGACCAUCGACGAUCAGGCGUUUAAAAAUUGUUCCGCUCUUAAAGAACUCGACCUCAGUUCAAAUGCCAUUCAACAGGUGCCGGCGGCGUUGAACGAAUUAUCAUUCUUAAAAACGUUGGACUUGGGCGAAAAUCAAAUCAGCGUGUUCCACAACAACUCGUUCAAAAAUAUGGAAUUACUGACCGGAUUGCGACUUGUAGAUAAUUUUAUCGGAAACCUGACUCAAGGCAUGUUCUCUAAUUUGCCCAACCUGCAGGUGUUGAAUUUAUCGAAAAAUAAAAUCUACAACAUCGAACGAGGCACGUUCACUCAAAAUAGCCAAAUCCAAGCGAUCAGACUGGACGCAAAUUAUUUAACGGACGUUAACGGAGUGUUCGAAUCGCUGUCCAGUUUGCAGUGGAUAAAUUUGUCUAAAAAUAAUUUAAUUUGGUUCGAUUACGCGAUGGUGCCGGCCAAUCUCAAAUGGCUGGACUUGCACGAUAAUUACGUGCAAGAACUGGGAGACUAUUAUAACCUGAAGGACCGAUUGAAUAUAAACACAAUUGACGCCAGUCACAAUCACAUAACCGAAAUUUCGGAACGUUCGAUACCGAACAGCGUGGAAGUAUUAUUUCUCAACAACAAUUUCCUUUCGAACAUCAGACCCAACACGUUUUUGAAAAAGAGAAAUUUGGUGCGUGUGGACCUGUAUGCCAACGAGUUGACGCGAUUGGACGUGAACGCCCUGCGGUUGGGCGUUGUGCCUAUCAACCGUUCGCUGCCGGAAUUCUACAUCGGUGGCAAUCCGUUUGAGUGCGACUGUUCCAUGGACUGGUUGCCCGCCGUCAACAACAUGACCCAACUCAGGCAGAACCCCAAGGUCAUGGACCUCGACAACGUGUUGUGCAAAACGACGGAUUCCAGAGGCUCCGAGGUGGUUCCCAUCUUGUCCGCCGGGCCGUCGCAGUUUUUGUGCAAGUACGACACCCACUGUUUUACCGUGUGCAAGUGCUGUGAAUACGACGCGUGCGACUGCGAGAUGACGUGCCCCAGCAAUUGCACGUGCUACCACGAUCAGACGUGGCACACGAACAUCGUGGACUGUUCGUACCAGCUGAACAACCAAGUGCCGCCGAAACUGCCGAUGGACGCUACGCACGUGUACCUGGACGGCAACAAUUUCAACCAGUUGCAGGGCCACAUAUUCAUCGGCCGCAAAAACAUGGUGCACCUGUACCUGAACAACUCGAAAAUCGAAUCGCUCCAGAACCACACGUUCAACCGGCUCAGCUCGUUGCAGGUACUCCAUCUGGAGGACAACAUGCUCACCGAGUUGAAGGGCUACGAGUUCGAGCAGCUCUACCAGCUCAGGCAGCUGCACUUGCACAACAACCGUCUGUCGUACGUGAACAACAUGACUUUCGCGCCGCUCCGGAACCUCGAGGUGCUCAAGCUGCACGGCAAUUUGCUGAGCAACUUUAACGUGUGGCAGCUGUCCGUCAACCCGUACCUGGUACAGCUGUCGGUCGGCAAGAACCCGUGGUCGUGCCGCUGCAAGUUCCUGCAACCGUUCCGGAACUGGGUGUACGAGAACGGGCCGAAAAUCAGCGACAUGACUGACGUGACGUGCGUGCCGGACGAGUCGGACCCCGGCCAGAGGCGCGAGAUCGACUUCAACGAAACGACGUGCAGCGACUUCUACACCGGCGGCUGGGCCCUGCGCAACAUGAUGACGUCCAGUUACGUGCCGUUACUCACGUUCCUGUUGGUCGUGUUCGUCGUGGCCCUGGUGCUCUUCGCCGUCCGGGACAACAUCAAGGUGUGGCUGUACACCAAGUACGGCAUACGGGUGUUCAGCUGCAAGAACUCUGGCAACAAGCACUUUUACGAGGAUCGUGAGAAGCUGUACGACGGUUACGUGCUGUACAGCCCCAAGGACGAGGAGUUCGUCCUGCAGUCGGUGGUUGCCGAGCUCGAGCACGGCAACCCGUCGUACCAGCUGUGCCUGCACUACAGGGACCUGCCCAUCACGUCCAUGUACCACGCCGGUUCGUCGCCCGUGGUGAUCGAAGCCGCGGAGGCGAGCCGCCGGGUGAUCGUCGUCCUGUCCCGGAACUUCAUACAGACCGAGUGGUCGCGAUACGAGUUCCGCUCGGCGCUGCACGAGGCCCUCAAGGGCAAGGUGUACAAGCUGGUGCUAAUCGAGGAGAACAGUAUCGCGGCCCAGGCGGACGCCGACCCCGAGAUCAGGCCUUACCUGAAGACGGCGUCCAAGGUGAGAUGGGGCGAGAAACGGUUCUGGGAACGGCUCCGCUACUUGAUGCCCAGCAACAACCACCACAACAACAACCAUCACCACCACAAGGUGUGUAACUACCGGAACAACAUAAACAACUAUACCAUCGACACCCGGACACCGGUGGUGCCGGCCCACCGACGGCAACCGCCGCCGUCGCCUCAGGACAAGGCGCCGCACCACCGGCCACACGGCCACCAUCACCAUCACCACCAACACCACCAGCAGCAGCAGCACAGCCCCGGGUCACUGCCCCGGCCACAGCACCGGCACGAGGACUCCAACUACUCGACGGCCACGACGGCCACACCGUCGCCGAAACUCGGGGGCGGCUGCGAGGACCGGCCCGCGUCCACCGAGCACAUCUACUCGGCCAUCGACACUCCGCCGCCGUCGGUGCACCAGUCGCCGAGCAGGAUGAUGCCGCCCGCGCACCAGUUCGAGCGCACCAACAGCCGGAGGUCUGCCAAGCACCAUCAGCACCAGAACGCCGUGCAGGCUUACCUCGUCUGA